AUGCUAAACUGUUACUUUCAGUACGGUAUCGUGGCAUUCGUUGCGAUCUUCACAAUUAUCAGCGAAUCGGACGGCAGGGAGAUCCGUCCAUCGGACCACGGCUUAGCCUACCAAGAUUCUUCACCGCCGAUUAAAGCGAACGGAACCGAAGAAAUGCUAUAUUUCUUCGGUGCAACGUCUUCCUCCUCCGUACCACUACCGAAGGCCAAUAAUCUAAGCGAUCCGGCCACAUGGUGGAGCAAGCACAAGGUUGGGAGGUCGAGUGGAGAUCACGUGAAGAGGUCAAUGCUUGUGGCCAGCUUAAUCUGUGGACUAACCGGCGUCGCGUUGCUUUCCGUCGCCGGGAUUCUAUUUCUCAUUCGCCUCCGAAAGCAGAAUAAGCAAAAAUUAUCAACCUCGUCAGCUCCAACUUCUGCGCCUAAUCCUUUUGCUCGAAAGUAG